UGUUGCUUGCAUGGGGGUUAUGAUCUCCUGAAAUAUAUUGUAAUAUUAGAAAGAGCAAGUAAGCAAUUAUUGCGCACACUGGAUUCAUGCAAGUGUUUUGCACUUUCAAUGGACAUCUCCGUGUGUGGGAAUACUGUCUGUCAGGAGUGGGACAGGACUCUGGAGUUCGUGGUGGACAAAAUAGACAUUUGUGUUUGAGAGGGAGAAAAGUCGGUCGCUCACAAUGUUUUGCGCAAAACUGAAGGAACUAAAAAUUAGCGGGGACUGUCCAUUUUCUGUGGUGCUGCAAAAUGAAGAACCGAGACAGUCUGAGGAAUGUGCAAAACCCCGGGACACACUGCCAAUAUCAAAUGAGGUGUGUGGUUCUCUACCGGAGAUCAUACCUCAGCGAAAGACAAGCAGAAGCAAAGUUAAUCUACAUACAUUAGGAGAAAGCGUCUGCAAAUUAGUAUGUCCGGAGUUUCAGCGGCUGCACACUGCUUUCCUAAGAAUGAUGAAACAACAUAAAUUAGACAUGAUAUGUCCUGAAAUAGUUUAUUCAGACUUUUGUCAAGACUGGAGCUCUGGAAAUGCAGAAGACUUAAUGGAGAUCAUGAAGAAUUAUUCAGAAAAAUCAGGCAUACAGAUGGACGCCCUGAAAGUGUCACUCGGGGUUGAGGUAUUCGGAACAUGCUACGAGGAGGACGGACAUAUUUUGGGCGUAGUGGGGGGAGCGCUGCACGACUUCCUCAACAGCUUCAACGUGCUGCUGAAGCAGAGCGCGCCGCAGAGCCCGGGCAGCAGCGCCGGUUACGUAAACAAAGCUUCGGUUCUGUGCCUGGACAAAGACCCGGGCCUCCUGACGGUUUACUACUUCAACCCUCACCCGGCAACCGAGCUCUUCUUCCCGGGAAUAAUCAAAGCGGCCGCCCUGGUGCUGUACAAGACGCACGUGGAGGUGGUGAUGGAGCCAUCUUGCAGCAAGGACAGCGGUCUGCAGGCCCGGGGCCAGCCCCACCUGCUGUACUCGGUGGAGGUGGCGGAUCCCCGGAGGCUGACCCCCAGCCCCAUGAAGAGCCAGUCUGCGGUGGACAUACCCAUGUCCCUCUUUUACACCACCUUCCCCUUCCACCUGCUCCUGGACCAGGACAUGAGCCUGCUGCAGAUCGGCGACGGCCUGCGGAGGCGCUUGAACCGCAAGGACGUCCAGAGGCGACCGCUCUUCGAGGAGCACUUCCUGAUCCUGUCCCCACAAAUCGCCAGCACCUUUCAAGGGAUCUUAACCAUGCUGAACACUCAGUUCAUCUUACGAAUAAAGCAGGCGGUUAAUUCUGGCGAUGGAACUGCUAAGCUCAUGGACCUGAAAGGCCAGAUGAUCUUCAUUUCUGAGUCAAACAGCAUCCUGUUCCUGGGCUCGCCGUGCGUGGACAAGCUGGAGGAGCUGACCGGCCGGGGGCUGUACCUCUCCGACAUCCCCAUCCACAACGCUCUGCGCGACGUGGUCCUGGUGGGCGAGCAGGCCAAGGCCCAGGACGGGCUGAAGAAGAGGCUGGGAAAGGCUAAAGCCGCCCUGGAGCAGGCCCACCAGGCCCUGGAGGAGGAGAAGCAGAAGACCGUGGACCUGCUCUUCACCAUCUUCCCUGGGGCUGUCGCCCGGCAGCUCUGGCAGGGGCAGCACGUCCGGGCGAAGAAGUUUGAGAACGUGACCAUGCUGUUCUCAGACAUCGUGGGCUUCACGGCCGUCUGCUCCCUGUGCACCCCCAUGCAGGUGGUCACCAUGCUGAGUGAGCUCUACACCAGGUUUGACCACCACUGUGGAGAGCUGGACAUAUACAAGGUGGAGACGAUCGGGGACGCUUACUGCGUGGCCGGCGGGCUGCACAAGGAGAGCCAGACUCACGCCACGCAGAUCGCUCUGAUGGCCCUGAAGAUGAUGGAGCACUCCGACAGGGUCAGGACCCCCGCGGGGGAGCCAAUCAAGAUGCGAAUUGGACUCCAUUCUGGCUCUGUCCUUGCUGGUGUGGUGGGGGUCAAAAUGCCUCGUUACUGCCUCUUUGGGAACAACGUCACCCUGGCUAACAAGUUUGAGUCCUGCAGCCUUCCAGGAAAAAUCAAUAUUAGCCCAACCACAUACAGACUGCUGAAAGGUCAUCCAGAGUUCAGCUUCAUUCCCAGGACCAGACAGGAUCUGCCUCCGAACUUCCCUUCAGACAUUCCUGGUGUUUGUUACUUCUUGGAAGCUUUUGAUCAACAAACCAAUGAGGCUAUAAAAGACUAAAACAGAAGGACAUUGCAACUGAGAUGGAAAUCUCAUGACAGGGGAGACAAGUAAAAACAGUGUUGACAUACAAAGCAGUGUGCUACAGAAUUAUAUGUAUAUAUCUGUCGAAGUGAUAUUGAAAUCUUCAUUAAGCAGAAGUGAAGUUGUUAAAUGGGAAAUGAACCAUUCUUAUUUUGCUGCUGCACACUACUGAACCCACACGAACACACAUGCUGUAGUUUUAAUAUUGCACAGUGGACUUUUGCAGAAUGCCCAAUAACUGUGAUGUCAACGCUUAGCUAGAUCACAAGGAAUUAAUAUUCCCAGCAAUCAUUUGUUAAAAUUAUUAUUUUUUCAUUAUAACAGAGCUGCAAUAAACUUUGUGAUUAAAUGUGA